AUGGACCCACCAGGCUCCCCCCUGCAGAACCAUCACUUUGUGGGUGUGCUCUGCGCCGCGCAGGCCUCGGUGACUCUGCGCGCAACAGCAACGCAUCGGCGCGGCCCCGAUCAGGAAGUGGAUGUGAAGCAAAUACGCGACUGUGGAGAGAGCGGCCAGGGUGAUGUCGACAUCCCGUAUCUGUGUGUCUCCAUGCCCGUCAUCAUCAUGCACGCAGCCGGGUCUCCUCCAGCCCGACGUGCUGCCUGCAUGCAGCGAGGGAAUGUGCAGCUGCAGCGGCUGCAGUCGCCUCAGCAGCCGGCGCAGGCGGGCAUGGCUGUGCCCUUCACAUUGAGCGCAGCUAGCCCGCCAUGCUGGUGCAUGAGGGAGGGACGACUGGUGCGCGCCGCGCCGGGCCAGCGUCCAUCCACGGAGGGUGUCGUGGCCAUGUUAUUGAUUCGCGGUGAAGGUGAAACCAUUGAUGGAGCGUUUACCUCUGGAGGAAUGGGGGGAUAUGCGAGUCGGGUGAUUCUUCCCAUCUCUGUGGAAGAGUACCAGGUUGGCCAGCUGUACUCUGUGGCUGAGGCCAGUAAGAAUGAGACGGGUGGAGGAGAGGGAGUGGAGGUGCUAAAAAAUGAGCCCUACGAGAAAGAUGGAGAGAAGGGACAGUACACACACAAAAUUUACCAUUUGCAGAGUAAAGUGCCGUCAUUCGUCAGAAUGUUGGCUCCAUCCUCUGCUCUCAAUAUCCACGAGAAAGCCUGGAACGCAUACCCUUACUGUCGCACAGUCAUCACUAACGAAUAUAUGAAAGAUAACUUCCUGAUCAAGAUUGAGACAUGGCACAAACCUGACACAGGACACCUUGAAAAUGUUCACGGUUUGGAUGCAGAAACUUGGAAAAAGGUGGAUGUAGUCUAUAUUGAUAUUGCGGACUCAUCCCAAGUGGAACCCAAGGACUAUAAGGCAGAGGAGGACCCACGCAAGUUCAAGUCUGUGAAGACCAGCCGAGGCCCUCUAGGACCAGACUGGAAGAAGGAACUUCCUAACAAGAAAGACUGCCCACACAUGUGUGCCUACAAACUGGUCACUGUCAAGUUCAAGUGGUGGGGCCUGCAAAAUAAAGUGGAGAGCUUCAUUCAGAAGCAAGAGAAGCGUUUGUUCACUAAUUUCCACCGCCAGCUGUUCUGUUGGAUCGACAAGUGGAUCGAAUUGAACAUGGAAGACAUUCGCCGUAUGGAGGAGGAGACACGCAAGGAGCUAGAUGAGAUGAGAGUUAAAGACCCAGUGAAGGGAAUGGUGGCUCUCGAGGACUGAGGUGGCGUCAGACUGUGAAUGCUGCUGCUCAUCAGACCAGAAUACCCAGACACCAGCGGAUUCACAUCCUCCCUCUCCUCCAACUGAUACAACACCUGACCAGUCGCUCCAAACUCUUCCUCUCCCCGGUGCAAUCUGGAUUUUCGGGGACCUGGACCCAGUAAACUCCCAGUU